AGUCACAUGGGCUCUUUCUGCUUUGCUACUUUUGAUUACUUGUCAGAGGGUUAUACUUUUAGCUUCCCCCAUCCUGCAAGGCCACUCAACCAUGUGCUAGCUGGAGUAAUCUUUACUCACAAUGUCUUUACAAAGGCUCAUGCAACACAGCAGCAAUGGCAAUUUGGUGGACUACUGUGCUGGUCCAGUGUAUAGCUCUUACUCUACACUCACAGGAAGCCUUCCGAUGGAUGACAAUAGAAGGAUUCAAAUGCUGGCAGACACUGUGGCUACUUUGCCUCGGGGAAGAAAGCAGCUUGCUUUGACGAGAUCAAGUUCUUUAGGUGACUUUUCCUGGCCUCAAAGAAAGCUUGUUACUGUGGAAAAGCAGGAUAAUGAAACAUUUGGAUUUGAAAUUCAGACUUACAGACUCCAGAACCAGAAUACCUGCCCCUCGGAGAUGUGCACACUGAUCUGCAAAGUUGAGGAGGACAGCGCAGCACACCGUGCAGGCCUGCAAGCUGGUGAUGUCCUUGCAAAUAUCAAUGGUGUGAGCACAGAAGGCUUUACCCACAAACAAGUUGUUGACCUGAUCAGAUCAUCAGGAAACCUGCUAACGAUAGAGACUCUUAAUGGAACAAUGAUUCUCAAAAGAACAGAGCUUGAAGCAAAGCUGCAAGUUUUAAAGCAAACUUUGAAGAAAAAAUGGGUGGAGUUCAGAUCUUUGCAGUUACAGGAACACCGCCUACUUCAUGGUGAUGCUGCUAACUGCCCAAGUUUGGAAAACAUGGACAUGGAUGAAUCAGCUUUGUUUGGAAGUCUGCCUGGGCUAGGCCUGGCCCUCCUGGACCGGAAUCGGUUAUCCAGUGAGAGCAGCUGUAAGAGCUGGCUCAGCUCCAUGACGUUGGACAGCGAGGACGGCUACCAGACAUGCACCUCUGAGGACUUGAGCAGGGGAGCCUUCAGCCGACAGACAAGCACAGAUGAUGAGUGCUUUGUCCCCAAGGAUGGGGAUGAUUUUCUGAAGAGGUCUUCUUCCAGGAGGAACCGGAGCAUUAGUACUGCCAGCAGUGGAUCCAUGUCUCCAUUGUGGGAGGGCAACUUCUCAAGCAUGUUUGGGACCCUGCCCAGGAAAAGCAGAAGGGGAAGUGUUCGAAAACAACUCUUGAAAUUCAUCCCUGGCCUUCACCGUGCUGUGGAAGAGGAAGAGAGUCGCUUUUGAUAGGUUGUGGUGCACUUUCGUAUUAGCUUAUUUUGUAAAUAUCUCUAGACUUGCUUAGAUCAACUCCACCCAGCUUGGUGGGAAAGUGCAGCUGGAUUGCAAAACUGACAUCCCAUUUCAUGGCAAUAGUGACCUUUAUUUAAAUUUUUGUAUCAUUAUUUUUGCUUCUUAAAUCAUUUUUCAACCGGAACAGCUCAAAUUCAAAGUAGACGGUAGGGAAAUUAAGUAAUAAGUUAGAUAAUAUAACAAAUUAAUGAAAGUGCCUGCUGCCUGCUCAUUCUAGUGCUGCCUGUGAAGGCAAGAGUAAUAUUUAUUUUCUAGAUUAUCCACGUUAAAAAUUGAGAACUUUUUGGAGCCAAGUGUGAAUAAGAGAAUAACAGAAUAUAAUAACUUUGGAAUACCUUUUGUAAGUUAAUUGGUAAGUUACAAAACUUUAUGUUUGCUUAAGCUCAGUAGACUCUGGGGAGGCUUAAUAAUAGGCAAUUUUGAGUGUUUCUGUUCAAAUCUAUGAAGGAUUAUAAACAAAGAUGAUCAUCAGCCAUUUUUCACAUCCACAGUGACAAUAAAGCAGGAAAUAUAAGACUUAAUAUGAGGAUUUAAGCUUCAUGAGAUCCAUGGAAAAAUGUUGUCUAUGAUGGGUGCUGCAGAAGAUUAUAAUAAGGUCUUUCUUAUAGGCAGCCUAAUCAAAAUGGGUGGGAAUGUCAUUCUUACCCGAUUCAACUUUUGUUCUGCCUGAACAUUGAUGACAAGUCUAGAACUCUCAAGAUCCUACAGCUUUGUGAUUUUUUUUUAGAACAAAUAUCUAAAAGAUGAAAAAUUAGAGUCAGGAAAAAGAUUUUCCUCCUGUAGACUUUCACAUUACUUCUCACUUUAUAUUAUAUGUUCCAAAUAAUUAUUGCCUCAGCACUCUUUUGCCUAUUAGUUUUGUUAGCAUCAUGUUACUUCUAGCCUUUCAAUCACAUUUUUAUUCAAUACCCAUUAAAGUUCAUGAUUUCUCUGUUCUCGUGAUACAGCUGCUCGUUACCAGUAUUCUAGAGUAGAUAAUUCAGACAGUGUAAUAAAUAGUCCUUAUUGAUGUUAAA